AUGGAUGCCGCAAUCAUCGUCGAGUCCUUCUCUGCUGGCCUCUCCGACUUCUUCGACGUGGCGUACAACUCGUGCAGGUCCUUCGUCUACGCAUGCCCGGUGCUGCGACUGAGCAUCAUGUCCGCUCCCGACCCGCCCCAACCCAUCGCCCACUGGCCCAUACCGGCGGCAUUCACUCCGGCGCCGCCGGCCACCGCACAGCCCCAGCCGCUCUCCUACCUGGCCUGCCUUGCCCGUCCGUCCCAGCCGCUGCCUUGGGGCUUCCCUGACCCACAGCGCUCUCCGCGGCCGGCUCCGCGGGAAUCUGAUCCAGAUCCAGAUUGGGGCACUCCUCCGCCUCCGCCUCCUGGUCGCCCUUCUAGCGUGGGCUCUGAGGUGGACUGCGUCCUGGAGACCCCGCCCGAGCUCCUUCCCCGCGCGCUCCCAACCACCGUCUCCAAUGCUCCUGCUUCAGGCCGUUCCGCCAACCCGUCGUGCAUUGAUGGUGUUAUUGGCGGAGACCGUUCGGGAUGGCUUGCGUGCUUUCGGCCCGCCCCUGCGUAG